AUGAUAAAAGUGCAGGGUAGAAUAACACUAUUUCUGCUAGUGCUGGUACGAGCCAGCUCUUUUGCUUCCUGGCUUCGAUGCUACAUCGAUCUUGACGACAGCGAAAUUAUUAUGAACUACCAAGUUCUUCUACCCGAGGAUGCUCCACACCUUGUACACAUCGAAGUCAGCGCGGACGGCGAAACCUGGACCGACAGCUUCAGUUUUCCGGCGGAAGCCAAAACAUCCAUCAGAGCGCGCCUUCGAGUUCCAGAGGAACUCAUCAGACGAGAUGUUCAGUACGUGAUAGAAUCGACCAACGGUGGAACUUUCCACGAUCCAGCCAUGUGCGAUGGAGUGCGAUCGCACGCAUCAGCUCACGACGAAUCUGUUGGCCUGGUCAUCGAUGGGUCGGUGUCGGAACGCAUAGAGCUCUGGGCCGCUUGGGCAUCUGGUCACGAAGCCGUCUCCUUGACACCGAGGCUGCUUCUUAGACGUGAUGAUUUGAUCGCCACUGAGGCAAUAGAGCUGUAA